GAGGGAAAAAAAAAACAGUGUUCGUUUUAAGGUUUUGUUGCGGCACUAAAACAGGGCAGUGCUGAGAAAACAAGUAUGGAAACGUUUCAGUUAUUCUCUUCCUCUACUUCUGGCUUCGGAAUCUUCGAUGAUGAUGCUCAACAAUCUCCUGUCAUACCUCCUCCUCCUUGCGUUGAAGUCCUCGCUUCUGAGGUUCCUUCAUAUGCCAUAAACAACUGGGACUUGGUUAAUUUGGAUGAAGUUACUUUGUUAAAGGGGCGCGUGAGUACCCAACAAGUUUUUGGCUUGUCCAACUCCGAUUUAGUUCCCGGGAAAUAUGAAGGAGGACUGAAGCUGUGGGAAGGUUCACUUGAUUUAAUUAAGGCCCUUCGUUCAGAUAUCAGAACUGGCCUUACAUCAUUUGGCGGGAAGCGAGUAUUGGAGGUAGGAUGCGGCCAUGGAUUACCUGGAAUCUUUGCAUUGCUCGAGGGGGCUGCUGCUGUACAUUUUCAAGACUUCAAUGCUGAGGUCCUACGUUGCCUCACCAUUCCUAAUUUAAAUGCAAAUAUUUCUGGAGAAUCUCAACCAUCACCAUCCAACCCGACAAUUUGUGACAACCGCUUUUUUGCUGGUGACUGGAGUGGAAUUGAUAAACUGCUCCCUCAUGUUAGUACGGAUGAUAAUUAUGGUGGUGGUUAUGACUUUAUUCUGAUGGCUGAGACAGUUUACUCGGUCAGCAGUCUCCAAACUCUUUAUAAUCUUAUUAAAAAGUGCUUGCAACAUCCUGAUGGAGUUGUAUACAUGGCAGCAAAGAAGUAUUAUUUUGGAGUAGGUGGUGGAUCUCGGCGAUUUCUGUCCCUGGUAGAAAAGGAUGGUGUCUUGAGCAGUAGUCUGGUUGCUGAAAUCACAGACGGUUCAUCUAAUGUGCGUGAAGUAUGGAAGCUUGCAUUCAAGUAGUAAUAGUAUUUUCUUCCUUCACCAUUCAAACUGUCCCCGGUUUAUCUGGUCAUGAUUUCCCAUGCAUGGAAAAGGGGCUAGUGGGGAAGUUGUUGUAGAAAUCGUGUGGUCAGGUGAGAAUCUUAUCGUCCCAUGCUAUACCUUUCUGCCUUUACAGGGCUUGGUUUUUCUUGGUCUAUUGUAUUUUCUAUUAGGUGAUGCAAAUAUAUAUAAUGUUUCCAUUUGUAUUUAUUUUGAUUCCUAGAGGGAUAAGGUUUUUGUUUUUGUUGUAUUUACUUUUAUCAGAUGCACAUUGCUGGAGAUAACCCCUUAUCAGAUAUUUAGGAAUCAAAGAAUGAUCAUAACAUGAGGGAAGCAGAAGCAAAUCUGUCUCAUAAUUUUAAAUUGCAAAGCUCCUAUAAUUAUGGUAAAGAACAGAAAGAUUAUAUAUUAAUCCAA